GGGCCGUCGCCGGUGACGGCGGCGCUGCGGGACGACCUGGGUUCUAACAUCCACCUCCUGAAGGGGCUCAACGUGCGUUUCCGCUGCUUUCUGGCCAAGGUGCAUGAGCUGGAGCGGCGCAACCGGCUGCUGGAGAAGCAGCUGGAGCAGCAGCAGAGCGAGCGGGAGCGGCGGCUGCGUUACAAGACCUUCUCCCGCGAGCAGGCUGUGCAGACUGGGCCUGAGCUGCUGCGGCCGCCGGCGCUCGGCGGCGGGCUCGGCAGCGGCGCGGCGGCCGGCGCCAACGCCAACGCCGUAGCCCUGGGCGGCCUGCCCCCCGGCGGCGGCUCGCAUCCGCAGCACUACGGCCGCUUGCCUGGGACCAUCUGGAGCUACACGCAGGUGCGCCGGACGGGCGGCGGCGGCGUAGAGACCGUGCAGGGGCCCGGCGUAUCUUGGGUGCACCCCGAUGGCGUGGGCGUGCAGAUCGACACCAUCACGCCCGAAAUCCGUGCGCUCUACAACGUGCUGGCCAAGGUGAAGCGCGAGCGCGACGAGUACAAGCGGAGAUGGGAGGAGGAGCUUGCCAAGCGCAUGAACCUGCAGACCAUGGUGGACACACUUCAGGAGGCGGCACAGGAGGCGGAAGCCAUCCAGGAGGAGAUGAACGAGAAGAUUGAGCGGCUCAAAGCCGAGCUGGUGGUGUUUAAGGGGCUCAUGAGUGAUCCCAUGACAGACCUGGACACAAAGAUCCAAGAAAAGGCCAUGAAGGUGGACAUGGACAUCUGCCGCCGAAUCGAUAUCACAGCCAAGCUGUGCGAUGUCGCACAGCAGCGGAACUCGGAAGACGUGUCCAAGAUCUUCCAGGUGGUCCCCAAAAAGAAAGAGCGGAAGGCGGCUUCAGACGAUGACAUCUCUGAGCAGGACGGAGAAGUGAACCGGUUCUCUGAUGACGAGGUCGGCUCCAUGAACAUCACAGAUGAGAUGAAGCGCAUGUUCAACCAGCUGCGGGAGACCUUUGAUUUUGAUGAUGACUGUGACAGCUUGACAUGGGAAGAGAAUGAAGACACGCUGCUGCUCUGGGAGGAUUUCACCAACUGCAAUCCCUCCAUUGACCUGCAGGGGGAGCAAGAAGAAAACUUGGGCAACUUGAUCCAUGAGACAGAAUCCUUCUUCAAAACAAGAGACAAGGAGUACCAGGAAACGAUAGGCCAGAUUGAGCUGGAGCUGGCCACAGCCAAGAGUGACAUGAACCGACACUUGCACGAGUACAUGGAGAUGUGCAGCAUGAAGCGGGGCCUGGAUGUGCAGAUGGAGACCUGCCGCCGGCUCAUCAAAGGCUCAGCAGACAGAAACUCCCCGUCCCCCAGCUCCGUGGCCAGCAGUGACUCAGGAAGUACAGAUGAGAUCCAGGAUGAGUUUGAGCGGGAGGCGGAUGUGGAGCCCAUGGUCAGCUGA